UGCAGCUCAACAUCCAAUCAACUGCGUUGUCAGUGUUGAAGGUGCCAUCAGUGUGAGGUUCACGUUGUCCUUGCUUCGUUUCACUGUUUCAUGCAUUAAUAAUAAAAGUGAGUUUAGGUUCGAUACUGGUGUUUGUUUGUUUCAGGUGUUGAUUUGACAUUUGUGAUGCCUCUUCACAAAUACCCUCCCAGGAUCUGGGAUGCUCUGAAACUGAAGCAGGGCAUCUACGCCCGUCUUCCCAAACACUACCUCCAGUCUCUGGAGCCAAAGACAGCCACGCCUGUUCACUGGAAACCUCACGAAGUGGAAUACAAAGUCAACCCAAAGACUGGUGUGAGGGAACGUGUGCAGGAUGCUCCAAUCCCCAUCUAUUAUCCGCCAGAAUCCCAGGACGGACUAUGGGGUGGAGAGGGUUUGAUAAAGGGUUACAGAUAUGCCAACAAUGACAAAAUGUCCAACCGUCUAAAGAAAAUCUGGAAACCAGAGCUUUUCAAAAGAGUAUUGUACAGUGAAAUCCUUGAUCACAAGUUCACCAUCACCGUAACACUGCGGACUCUGGACCUCAUCGAUGCUGCCUAUGGCUUUGACUUCUAUAUUCUCAAAACACCGAAGGAAGACCUGAACUCCAAGUUAGGAAUGGACUUGAAGAGAGCCAUGCUGCUUCGCCUGGCACGCAAAGACACACAGCUUUAUCCUAACGAUGCUGCGAAAAGAGAGAUGAUUUACAACAAAUACAAGCAGUUUGAGAUCCCAGAGGAGGAGGCAGAGUGGGUGGGUCUGAGUCUGGUGGAGGCUGUGGAGAAACAGAGGCAGUUGGAGCACAAGGAGCCCGAGCCACAUUUUAAGAUCUUUGUGGACGAACUGAUUAAGGAGCUAGAACUUCAAAAACUGUCAGAACCGCUCGUAAUAGAGCAGAAAUGACCAACGCAGCUGCAGGAUUAAGGAUUUUCACAUUGAUGGAAAAACUGAGUAGGUUCCUCUGUGAAGUCUCCACAGAUGGUUGUGGGAACUGGAGUGAGUGAUGAAAGAUUCUGGAAGCUCUCUCUGAGAAGGACAUAAUGCUGUUUUUUUUUAUUUAAUUGUUUUUGUAAAAUUAAAGUGUAAUAAUUUGGGCGUUAAAACACACAUUUUUUAAAAAGCGGCAAAUAUCUCAUGUAUAUGUUUCUAUUUGGGUCUUAUUUCUAAUGUUUUUUUCCCAAUCUGGUCCUUUUUCCCAACAUCCUAGAAAUAUGAACACAGUGUUCACACACAUGAAAGGAAAGUCACCAAAAACAGUUUCUCGCCAGGUUUCGCUUUCAUGUCACCUCGCCUGAGCUGCAGCAGUUGUAAUGGCGCUUUGUCUUUGUGUUUACAGCACGCUGCUACUGCGGUAUGAUGGGAAGUCCUUGUAGAGCAGGGGAAUCCCGUGGGUGUUAGCUUGACAAGAGCAUGGAAAAAA